CUUUUGUCUGAUAAACAGGCUGUAUAAAAAGACCCAGAAAGGAAACUUCACACGGAGCUCGUGGAAGACGCCGUGAAAGGUUCCUGUACAAAAUGGCCAUCACUUCUAUCAUCGCCUUGAGUCUGCUUGUCGUCGGCGCACACGCUGGCACUAAGCAGGAUGCCAACAACUACAUCGACGCGGUGCUUCGCGACCACCUACCGGCUAACGUGCGUUCGCUCAACCUGGACCCGACUCACUUGCCGGGCUUUAACGUGAAGAUCGAGUCGACGGGCCUGACCAACCGCGACCUGAAGGCGCAGUUCCCUUCGGGCAUGCUGUACGGUCUGUCGAGCGUGGUGCGCCGUCGCGGUGACUGCGGCGUGCCGGGCUGGCAGGGCUCGAGCGUCACCACCGGCUGCUACGUGUCCCUCGACUCGCUGCGACUCACUUUCGACGGCAGCGUCAGCGGAUUCAGCCUUCUUGGCGGCAAAAAGAACGUCAGUCUCGACCUGGUCGUCGAGAAGACCAAUGCCUUCGUUGAGGCCACUGCACCUCUCGGCCAGCCAGCCACGCUGAAGACACUGACACUGAGCGGCGUCGAGUUCCGCGUGAACGUGAACAAGAAGCUCGAACUGAACGACAAGCGCGAGAAGAAGUUCCUCAAGGCCGUCAAGCAGUCGGCAAGCACCAUCCUUCAGGGCAUCUUGAACUCAUCCUUCCGCGAGGCUCUCAGCCGCUCCGUGAGCAGGGUGCAGCUGCCCAGGCCAUGAAACAA